CUCUUUACAUAACAAUUCGCCAACUUCCUGUCUCUCUCUAAAUAUUUAUUAUUUAAUAAAUAAUAAAACCCUGCCCCGUUUUAAGUCCCGAUUAACGCUACCCUUUCCGAUUGAUCUGAGUUCCAUAACGCAUGUCAAGGCUCUGCCCGACUAAGUUCGUUUGGAUUCUAUCUCGGAACAUCGGGACAAGGUCGAUUUAGGGGUACUAUACUUACCACGAGUGCAUUAUAUAUAUUUUUAUAUAUAUAUAUAUAUAGCUCAGAAGUUAUACCCAAAAUUUAUACCAGGAGAUUUUCUAGUUGAACCCUAAAGUUACACAGUGGGUCCAUUUCUUUUUCUCACCAUUUUAUUCUUUUUUUGUAAGUUACCAAAACUAUUAUUUAUUAUUUAUUAUUUCUAUUUUGUAAACAAACUUUCAUCAAAAGUCAUACCUAUUAUUUUAUUUACCCAAUAGGGAACCAUAGUUGGGACACCCAAGUAAUCCUGCACAACUCCUAAAAUUUCCAGAACAAUCAGAAUCAGGAUCAGGGCCCCUAAAACUCAGGGGGGGCAAAACCCUAGUUACAAUUAUCUAAAUAACUUGCUGGCCGUUUUGAAUUUUACGAUUUCGUCAACUCAGCAAGCCUAGUUAGGGACGUGGCUACCUAUAGAAAAUAGGUUACCCCUCGCGUAGCGCGACGCCCAGGGGGGUACCCCUCGCGCUACGCGACAGGGUCAAAUUUCAUGUAUAAAUAGGAGAGGUUGGGACUUGAAAUUCUGCGUUUGAACGACAAAGAAAUUCGUCUGAGGCACGGAGUUAUGCUCUGUUUACUACACAAACACACACAAACCUCGAAACGCUGCCGCAAUCAGGAUAAUAACUCGAUCGCUAUUACGAUUCAUUUUCCGAGUGAUCAAUAUAUCCAAGGAAUGCCUAAGUGCCGCCCACAUUGGGUUAUGCUUUGUCGUUUGUCGGUAAUCCGAUAAAUGAGUUGAAGCAUUGUACUUUGUCGUUGUCGAUAAUUCGAUAAUGAGUUGAAGUACUAUACUUUGUCGUUUGUCAUUUUGAUAAAUGAGUUGAAGUAUUGCACUUGGUCAUUCAUUGUGAGAAAUUGAUCUCGGGAAAUUAUCGUAACUGCUGUAUUGAUCAUUAACCCGGUUUUUGUGAAAUUCGUUAAAGUUCGAAUCUCAUGACUACCGUUAAGGUUUGAUUUGGGUUUUACACCAAUACGUAUUCUAUUCUGUUAAACCACCAAAAACACUCCCAACUACACCCUUACAAUCAAACAAACUAUUAAAUCAUCAGAAGAUCCAGAAUAAUAAAUGCCUAAUUAUCGAAAGAAGUAGAAUCAAGAAGUUUGUUAAUUCAAUCCUGCAUGCUGAAUUGUGAUACUCUAAUUCAUUCAUGGCCGACCCAGAAAUUGACAAUCACAAUUCUGACCAAAACAUUGGCGAUAAUGUCUUCGUUACAACAAUGGAUCGGCCAGAAGUUCCAUAUGAUCCGGAAGUUAAUAAGAAGGCUGUCGUCUACCAGGAAAUUCUUUCGCAUGCAAUACCAGAGGAGGUAUCUUGUACCGCACCGAAUAAAAUACGUAAUAAAGGAUGUGGGAAGCAUAAACGACCGGUUGGCCCAAAGGAAAUAGCAAUAAAGAAAUUCAAAAAACAUAGGAGAAAAUGUAAUUUUUGUGGAAACCGGGUAAGGAAGCAUGAUAAAAGGAAUUGUCCACUUAAAAAAGGUAAGCCAACGAAGGAUGAUUCAUCUACCGAAGAAGAUGACGAUGAAGAAGACGAUGAACAGUAUGAGUAUGACGAAGGAAACGAAACUGGUACUUAUGGCGAAGGAAACGAAACCGGUACUGAUGGCGAAGAUAACGUUAGUGACAUUUAGCAAUUACUUGAAUUUACAAACAAUUGAAAACAAUUUGGUGUACCUUUUAUUCUAAUUGUUUUAUGGUUUUUUCUACCGUUUUGAUAAUUUCUUUUGUGAUUGUUUGAUGCAUAAUUGUUUUUGAGAAUGUUCAAUGCAUAACAAAACCUAUUAUCACUUUGUA